AGGAUGGUCCCCGAAUCUCACUACAAAAUGGUUCAAUAACUUGAAGUUAAAGGUUUGAUUACAGUUCAUUUUAUCUGUACUUUGUGUGAUUGGAGCAUUAUCACUAACAAUUUCCUUGUUUACUCCAGACUCAUCUCUCUCUUCGGUGAUCUUCAUCUUUGCACUGUGAUGCUACAGAACUGUGUUCCAAAAUCUUGCAUAAUGUUCUGGAAAUAGCAUGUCAAUGCAGAAGAGAAGGGCAAACAGAAUAACUAUGUGGACGUAAGGAGGAAGUUCAUUUUGACAAAAUUACGACAAGAAUUGUGAAGCUGUGCUACGGGCUGGACAUGGACUACCUUGACCCACCAGUGAUCACAAUGAAAGUGGUUAAUGGUUUGUAUUCCGGUGUAACAACAGUGGAACUGGAUAACCUGGCCGCUGAGACUGCUGCUACCAUGACAACCAAGCAUCCGGAUUACGCGAUUCUUGCAGCCAGAAUUGCCGUCUCCAAUCUACAUAAGGAAACCAAAAAGACUUUUAGUGAUGUAAUGGAUGACUUAUACAAAAUGAAACAUCCAAAAACUAAAUUACCAUCACCAAUGAUAUCUGAUAAUCACCACGCCAUCAUCAUGAAGAAUGCGGAUCGGCUCAACUCUGCCAUUAUAUAUGACAGAGAUUUCAGUUACAACUAUUUUGGUUUUAAGACGCUGGAGCGUUCCUACCUUCUCCGCAUCGACGGAAAAGUGGUAGAAAGACCUCAGCACAUGUUGAUGCGGGUUUCUGUGGGUAUCCAUGAUGAGGAUGUGGAUGCAGCCAUUGAGACAUAUAACCUGAUGUCAGAACGCAUAUUCACUCACGCGUCACCUACCCUGUUCAGCUCUGCUACUCCACGACCCCAGUUGUCUAGUUGUUUCUUGCUGGCAAUGAAGGACGACAGCAUUGAGGGAAUUUAUGACACACUGAAACAAUGUGCACUGAUUUCUAAGUCUGCUGGUGGAAUCGGACUCCACAUCCAUAAUAUCCGCGCUACAGGCUCGUAUAUAGCUGGCACCAAUGGCACUUCGAAUGGCAUUGUGCCUAUGUUGAGAGUUUAUAACAACACAGCACGAUAUGUGGACCAAGGUGGCAAUAAGCGUCCAGGAGCAUUUGCCAUUUAUCUGGAACCCUGGCAUGCAGAUGUGUUUGAGUUUCUUGACCUGAAGAAAAACACGGGGAAAGAGGAAAUUCGAGCUCGGGAUCUUUUCUAUGCUCUGUGGAUUCCUGAUCUAUUUAUGAAGCGAGUGAAGAACAACGAGAUGUGGAGUCUGAUGUGUCCGCAUGCUUGUCCUGGACUUUCAGACUGCUGGGGUGACAAGUUUGAUGACUUGUAUACUAAGUAUGAGUCGGAAGGUCGAUUCAUGAGACAAGUGAAAGCACAGGCACUUUGGAGUGCCAUCUGCGAGUCUCAGAUCGAGACUGGCACACCAUAUAUUCUGUAUAAGGACGCGUGCAACCGGAAAUCAAACCAGCAGAACCUUGGCACUCUCAAAUGUAGCAAUUUAUGCACUGAGAUUGUGGAAUACACAUCACCCACGGAGGUAGCAGUGUGCAACUUGGCAUCUAUCGCUGUUAACAUGUUUGUAUGCCCAGACAAGACAUAUGACUUCGCCAGAUUGAAAGAAGUUUCGAAGAUAGUGGCCAGGAACCUGAACAAAAUAAUCGAUGUUAACUACUAUCCAGUUCCUGAGGCACAGAAAUCCAACCUUCGUCAUCGUCCGCUUGGCAUUGGCAUACAAGGUUUGGCAGAUGCGUUCAUCUGCUUGAGAUUACCAUUUGACAGUGAAGAGGCACAGAAGCUAAAUCAGCAGAUAUUUGAGACUAUUUACUACGGGGCUUUGGAGGCAAGUUGUGAACUUGCCGAGAAACGGGGCCCAUAUGAGACUUACGAAGGCUGUCCAGUGAGCAAAGGGAUACUUCAGUACGACAUGUGGGAUGUUGAGCCUACGUCUUUAUGGGACUGGGCAGACCUGAAACGUCGUAUUGCGAAACACGGCGUUCACAACUCGCUUUUACUCGCGCCAAUGCCGACAGCUUCAACGGCUCAAAUCCUUGGAAACAACGAGUCAUUUGAACCGUAUACAACAAAUAUCUACACUAGACGUGUGCUGUCCGGAGAGUUUCAGGUCGUGAAUCAUCAUUUACUCCGGGACCUGACGAAACUCGGGCUAUGGAGUGAGGACAUGAAGAAUGAGAUUAUUGCAAACGGAGGCUCGGUUCAGGAUAUUGAUGGAAUUCCGGAUGAUAUUAAGGCCCUCUACAAAACGGUGUGGGAAAUCCCGCAGAAAACUAUAAUCAAAAUGGCUGCUGACCGAGGUGCGUUCAUUGACCAGAGCCAGUCCCUGAACAUUCAUAUUGCCGAACCGAACUACGGAAAAUUGACGUCUAUGCACUUCUACGCAUGGAGCUUGGGCCUGAAGACUGGUAUGUACUACCUGAGGACCAAACCGGCAGCAACUGCAUAUCAAGUUACAGUCGACAAGACAAAACUGAACCGCGGCACUAAUGCAGCAGCAAAUUAUGGAGGGGGAAACGGAGUGAAUGUUGAAGAAAGAAACGAACGAGAAGAUGGCUUCAAUUUGGAUGCAAUGGUUUGCUCACUUCAGAACAAAGAUGAAUGUCUAAUGUGUGGUUCCUAGAUUAGAAUAUACUAAAAAGGCCAGUGGUAUGUAAACAAACAGAUUUUAAAUCUUGUGUAACUUUGAGGGGAGGGGGGCCUAGAUCUGGAUUUUGUAAAUUUAGGCCUGAAAAAUUAUAUGGCAUGAAAACAAAAAUGCAGCUUCUUA